GUGGUCCUGACCUUGAUCCUAGGCCUUUUCGACCAGUUUUUCUCGCCAUACUUCCUCGGUGUUCCCCUUUUAGCAAUUGCUAUCGCCGCCCCUUGAGUAUUGUUCCCAAAACCCUCUAAUCGUGUAAUCAACGGUCGAUCCCUUGUAGCCCAAAAUUCAUUUGUUUUGAACUUUGCAAAGCAAAUUCUUCUUCCCCUAAACGUGGGGGCCCAUAAGUGAGCACUACUACUUACCGUACUAAUAGUUAAUCUUAUUACCCUAAAUCUACUUGGCCUUCUCCCUUAUACCUUCACUCCAACCACCCAGCUGCCUCUUAAUAUGGGGUUCGCUAUCCCUUUAUGACUAGCCACAGUUGUAAUUGGCCUCCGAAAUCAACCAACCAUCGCACUGGGCCACCUCCUGCCAGAAGGCACCCCCGCCCCUUUAAUCCCCGUCCUAAUUAUCAUUGAAACAAUUAGCCUAUUUGUUCGACCCUUCGCACUAGGCGUGCGACUAACAGCAAACCUGGCAGCCGGCCAUCUCCUGAUUCAACUGCUAUCCUCCGCCACUCUUUUCCUUAUCGACCAGAUGUGGCCCGUAGCAAUCCUAACCGGCCUAGUUAUAGCACUAUUAACCCUUCUUGAAUUAGCCGUAGCGGCCAUUCAAGCCUACGUAUUUGUGCUUCUUCUCUCACUCUACCUGCAAGAAAAUACCUAG